UUCAUAUUUGUCAUAAUGUCGGAUAAACAGAUGAGGUUCGAACAGAUUGCUAGUGAGAGCACCAAUUGCAGCGCCUCGCAAUUUUGGAGAGCUAUCGCAAUCUGGAUGAGAAAUCCUCACACUGUGAAUCGUAGAAUCUUAGCAUCUCAGGAAGUAUUAGCUGUUGAAAUCAGUUGUGAUCUCGUAGACAUUUUCCGACGCGUCGAGGAGUCCCGAGCUCGGCUGAGCGAGCUUCAUCGUGACAUAUCCGCGGAAAAAGAAAAUUACUUAAGUUAUUUAGCAGAUACAUUAAAUAUUGCAGAAUUUACACGUUGCCAGCCAGUCGAACGCACAGAUUCAAUUGUGACGUCGAGCAGUGAUAAAUGUUAUUUGCUCGUGAAGAAAUUGCUGCCUCGCAACACGCAGAUGUUCUCAUCCACUCUGGAGUUUCUGUUCAUCGACAAGAAGUCCGCCAAUGUUGUUAGUUUUUGUCACAAACCUAUUGUUCAAGACAAACAGUCUUUGGGUCCGGACGUGGUCUACGGUAUACAGCAUCGCGAGUACAACUCCACAAGUAUAAAUAUUUACGAAUCAAACUGGAAAAGCGACAGCGGAUGUUGCGACUGGUUGAGAUUCAAGUUUUUCCCGCGUCUGAUAAAGUGGAUGAAAAAUGAGAACAACACGAUGGUCGAUGGUCCGCGAAUUAACUCUCUCGGUCUUGUUUCCGUUGAGAAAUACACUUCGUUGUACAAUCAGAUGAAACGAAAAUACGGCGAAGCAAUGGUAAAGAUUUGGCCGGAAAACACGGAUCCGAUGAAAUUCGUUUACGAGGACGUCGCGAUCGCGACUUACUUGCUUCUGUUGUGGGAGAAGGAGAGGCUGGAAAAGGAUACGCGGGAUUUGCAGUCGUUUGUCGAUCUCGGUUGCGGAAAUGGUCUUCUCGUUCACAUUUUGUCCAGUGAGGGUCACAGAGGAACGGGAAUCGACUUGCGCAGUCGUACGAUCUGGAAUUUGUUCCCGGAAAGCACUCGCUUGCAAGUAAGCACGAUUGUUCCGUCUUGGGACACCGUUUUUCCGGGAGUGGAUUGGAUUAUUGGGAAUCAUUCGGACGAGCUCACUCCGUGGAUUCCUGUGAUCGCUGCGCGCAGUUCCUACGACUGUCGAUUCUUCCUGUUGCCGUGUUGCGCCUACGAGUUUGACGGCAAAAAAUAUCGGCGCAACAACGCUGCCGAGAGCCAAUAUUCCGAGUACAUGUCUUACAUUAGAAACGUAUGCGACGACUGCGGUUUUCUCACGUUGACCGACAGAUUGCGAAUUCCGUCGACCAAGCGAAUCUGUUUCGUCGGGUGGGAGAGAACGUACGCGAAGGAAGACAUCUCGAAGCUGGACGCCAAUAUUCAGCGCGUUAUAAACGCGAGAUCGACCACGUCUCAGAAAUCGAUUGUUACUAAGAACGAAAAUACGAACGAAAACGGCAAUUCGUGGUCCGCGAGUUUCAAGCCAAGAAGUACGACAGAACGAACGCGAAAUUGCACGCAGCUAGACAGAAAAUUAGUUCUCGAGAUAGUCAACAUCGUCGCUACGCAUCUCUUGGGUGAGGAUCGUAGGAUACCGCUCGAGUGGAGAUCCGGUGAAACGUGGAACGCCGGCGGUCAAGUAGAAAUCAGCGAGCUGGUGAAGCUGAUAGCGCCCGAGAUGUUGCAGCAUCUGCGAAAAGAGUGCGGCGGAUUGCAAACUUUACUGAAGAAUCACAGUCACAUCUUUUGCGUCGCUCAGGGAAAAGUGCAGCUUAGAAUUCCCGGUGCCGGUGACAACGCACGAAAGAAGAAAUCGAAGAGAAGAAAGAUUAACGACACACCCUUGAGAAAAGUGAAACCUUGUUGGUUUUACAAAAAUCAUCCUGACGGUUGUCCCGCUCGUGAAAUCGAUUGCAACUUUCAGCACUGAGUUCUCCGUGUGCUUGUUAUUUUACGUUUGUAUAAAUUUUGUAUAAAUAUUAUGUAUAUACAUAUGUACACAUUGUUUUAUAAAAGAAGAAAAUGUCUGUUGUGUACAUAUCGAUGCUGGAAUAAACACUU